AUGGCCCUUCUCGAUUUACCGAAUGAGCUCCUAUUGCCGAUCGCAAAGGAGCUCCAUCCAAGCGAUCUCAGAGCUCUGGUUCUAACCAACCGUCGUCUCGCCAAUUUGUUAAUGUCAGAUCUCCACAAAUCAGCAGUUACGAAUAAGAAGUGCGCGUUAGCAGCGUUGUUCUGGGCUGCUGCGGUUGGACGCGAAGCGAUGGUUCGAUUGGUCCUUGAGAAGGGUCCAAAGAUUGUUAUUGACGAUAUUUGUACCUACGACUUUGCAAACCCCCACAGUACUACUGGUACUAGUAAGAAGCUCAACGUAAUGUUUGAGGGCCCCUCAAAAUGCAGCGACGACGUUGUCAAGCAGGUGUUGAAAAAAGGGGUAUUCCUUGUUGUGACUGAGGGCCGUAGGACAUGGACAUGUCUGCAUUGGGCGUUCGAGAACAAGCAGAAAGCACUCUUCAGGCUACUGCUGGACAGAGGCGCAAGCACAGAGGUCCUUGUCAAUGCCAGCCAACAGACAAUUCUCCACAUGGCGGCGCGGGAGGGCGACGAGGUUUCGGCGAAGCUCCUGCUGCGCGAGAGAUGCCGGACCGAUACUCAUGCACAGCUGCUACAAUUCGGGACAUUGCAGAGCCAACGCGCCGACAUUGGCCGCCUGGAUCUCCUGGGGUACACGCCGCUUCAUCUGGCGGCGGAAGCGGGUAAGGUGAAGCUGGUGGAGCUGCUGCUGGACAAUGGCGCGAGGAUUGAUUCGCAGAUCCACGACACUGCGCUUCACUUGGCUGCAAAGCACGAACAGGAGGCUGUGGUCGCAUUGUUGCUGAAGAGGGGGGCGGAUCCGAAUCUGAAGGAUGCUUGUGGAAUGACGCCCCUGCACCUUGUGGUGCUGUACCGCUUCAAGGCCGUAGCGGAGAUGCUCCUGCUGAACGGGGCGGAUAUCACGACUCGAGACCGCCACGGCGCAACAGUGCUUCACGUGGCGGCGGAGAACGGGGACGAAGCAUUGACAAAGCUGCUUCUUAGAGAGGGCUCCCACGUUAAUAUUGAUGUCAAGAAUCACUCCGGAAACACACCUCUCCAUUUGGCCGCAAAAUACGGACAUGAGGCGGUGGUUGCAAUUCUGUUAAAGGAGGGCGCAGACAUUCAGAACAAAAAUAGAGACGGGAAAACUGCAGUUUACCUGGCAUCACUUUGGUCUAACAAGUCGGUGGAGGAAUUUUUGUGGAACAAUGGGGCAUGA